GGCCACUCGGGGGAGGGGUCCUCACAGCGCGGAUUAGAGAGACAGCUCCUUCAUCUGCUCGCGACUACAACAAUCGUCCAUUUCUUCCCCCUCGUCCAGUGUCACCAGGUUGAAACAUGUCUGGCAGAGAAGGAGGCAAAAAGAAACCACUGAAGGCCCCCAAGAAACAGUCCAAGGAAAUGGAUGAUGAUGAUAUGGCCUACAAGCAGAAGCAGAAGGAAGACCAGAAGGCUUUGGAAGCAUUGAAGUCCAAAGCUGCAAAAGGAACUUUUGGUACCAGCGGAAUCAAGAAAUCCGGCAAGAAGUAAACUCUGAAUCUGACAGUGAUGUUCUUUUCCUCCCAGGCUUUCCUGCGUCUGUGACGUUUGUAUGCUUGCUGAAAGACUCUAGUGUGCUCUGUUAAACAUGAACCCUGUCAAAAUCAAAACUGGCCUUGGUGUUAAGCUCCUCCAGUGGGAAUGUGUAGAAAAAAGAUAUUUUUGACGAUAUCAGGAACAGGAAUAUCUGUUGCCAAUCUGGCCUGGUACACGCAGCAUGACAGAUACUGGCAUGAAAUUAGACGUUCCACACUGUAAUAUUUGUUUUUGAAAACACUUCACUCAGUCAUACACACUGACCAAAAACCUGCAAAUGCAGUUUGGAAGUGGAAAUUUAAACAAAUUCUGAUCUCCACUGUUUCUUGUUUUGUCUCCAAGUCAAACUCAAAUCACCCUCUUUUAUUUCUUAUGUUUGUUUUGUUAACAGGGAGAUGCCAAUAAAGUUUUUGUACUUA